UAAGUCAGUGGUAGGUGUGAGAAAGACACCUGUUAAUGUUAUCGUUUCUGCUGAUUUGUUAAUUAUUAACCUUCAGUAAACUUUCCAACUCACCUCUUCGGUCAGUGCCCUCGCAGGCAAACAGACAAAGCUGAGCCGUACUCUAAAAGCAGCUGAUUGCAGCCCUGUUACUGUAAUUUCUCAAACGCUGCUGCUGUUCCUUUAUAUUACAAUAAGGUUGUAAAUAUGCGUUCACUUGAACAUUGUGGCAUCAGGUGUAAGGGAUGAACUUUUCAGGUGGGGAUUUUUGAAUUUCAUCUGUUGAAAUGAUCUGCCAUUUCUCUCAUAUGUGAAAAAUGCCGGCUGCUCCUCAUGGAUGUAGCAACGACACCUCGCUCCCCAUGUGCUAUGAGGAGUCAUCAGGUCUAUUUGCUGUCAUUAUCAUCCCUUGUCUGUUGGCUCUGAGCACGCUUUUGGUGGUGGCUCUGAUUUUCUACAGUCUCCACAAGAACAAACGAAGAGCACAGAGCACCUCAGCCCAUUUCACAAAUGGCCAACAGAGUGUAUCCUUCACUGCAACUUCUGUAAGCACUUCAACGGUCCAGGCAGCUUUGUAUUCCUGGGAAAUCCCUGAGGAGUGCGUUCUUGAGGGACUAGAGUUUUGGCAGAGAGGUCACCAUGGCCCCAUUUGUAAAGGUCUGCUGAAGAAGAGAGACGGAGCCUUGUCUGCUGUGGUGGUGAAGUCCCUCCGAGAUGGCACCAACGAGCCUGAAGCUAAGGAGUUUGUGGAGUGGGUCCGCUUCCAUGCCAAAGUGUGUAAACAUGAGAAUGUGGUGCAGAUGCUGUACUGUCAGACCAAGCGUCCGCCCAUGUAUCUGGUCUUAGAUGCCUACAGCCCUGGGAACCUCCUUCACUUCCUCUGGACACUCAGAAAUAGGGAUACGAGCAUAGCAGAUCCAUCGCUGAACUUCUCUGAGAAGUCAGUGUUUCUGGUGGCAAAGCAGGUUGCAGCUGGGCUGGAUUACCUGAUGUCAGAGCACAGGCUGGUUCAUGGUGAUGUUGCUGCCAGGAGCAUCUUAAUUGGCCCAGGCCUCUCAGCCAGGGUGUCUGGGCUGGGCGUUGCAUUUGGAGGAUGCAAAAUGGAUUCAGCAAUGAGGCAGAGGGCAGCAGAGGUGCCUCUCAAAUGGCAGGCUCCAGAGAGGAUUAUGAUGCAGCUCAGCAUCGACAGGAGCGACGUGUGGUCGUUUGGAAUCUUACUGUAUGAACUGAUUACUUUAGGCUCUCCUCCAUAUCCUGAGCUGGAGCCUCUGUCUGUGCUUCCAAAGCUACAGGGGUCUUAUCGAAUGAAGAGACCAGAUAAUUGUGGUGGACCUUUGUAUGAUCUGAUGAAGUACUGUUGGAUGUGGAGUUUCAAAGACCGACCUGCUUUCUCGGCCAUCAUAAAGCUGUUGGAGUCCUCUCUGCAUCUAGCGGCUACUAAAGCCAUUUGUGUUCCUGAGGUCAUUGACAUAUUGGAGUAUAACAGAAAGGCAGGACUGCUCUCAUAGGCUCAUGUGCUACCAAAUAUGGCAACACCCACAAAUAGGAAAUAUUAACAUAUAAAGUGUAAUUAUCUUUCAGACUGCAAUGUAACAUCCACUGAGUAGGCUAUUGAAUCUCUACCAAUGAAUUGGUUUAUUGAUAAAACAAACGAAAGCUAUGUAACUUGAUAUGAUGAAUUAAACACAGCAAAAGCAA